AUGUACUAUUCUCUUUCUACCCUACUCUUACUGCUUUCUUCCGCCUCUGCUACCAUUGAUAAGUUGCCUUCUGCCUUGCAUCACCUGGAAUCUGGAGUUUCUUCGCACCAAAUCGAGGUACAAGCUUCUAUUCAUAAUCUCGAAAACACGCACUUAACUAUAACUUUGGGUAAAUUAUCAUCUGAUGAUCAAGGACAAAUUUGCAACGAGAGCCAUGGUAAUGCGUGUAAGCCUGAUAGUAGUUAUGACAAAGAACCAGGCCAGAAAAAGGGAGCCCCCAAACCAAGUAGCUCUCCAUCUAUUCCAAACCCAUACAGUCCCAACUAUGCUGGUGUCUGGAACACCACGGCGGUGCGGACUAAGACUGCUAUGGCGAUGCUUUCUAAGAGCACUCACUCCACAAUCUUUAUCACCGAAACUCACCCUGGUGUAGCAUCACCCACGUCUAUGCCAAAAUCAUUUGGUGCACCAGCUAUGCCCCCGCCUAAAGUGAAUCCACCAAAGUCAAUUGUGUCUCAGUUACCACCUCCGGCAAAAACCACUAUAUCUAGCCCCAAAGCGACGGGAGGUGCUAUGACUACUGGUAGCUUGCCUGGUGCUAAUAUAAAUUCACCAAUUACUUCUGUCAGUGCAGCAACUUUAGCCAACGUUUCAACAUUGCCCAUAGGAGUAGCCACUCUAGUUUUUCUUGUUAUGCUUUCAACAUAA